ACACACUGGUGAGAAGCCGUACAAGUGUGAUGUAUGUAAAAUGCGUUUUACUCAGAAGAGUGAUCUUGUCAAGCACAUGAGGACACACACUGGUGAAAAGCCGUACAAGUGUGAUGUAUGUAAACUGCGUUUUACUCAGAAACACAAUCUAGUCGCUCACGUCAGGACACACACUGGUGAAAAGCCGUUCACGUGUGAUGUGUGUAAGACAUCCUUUAGGUUUCAAUCAAAUCUCAAUAAACAUAAAAGAAUUUGUUUUCCUAUGUUGUUUGUUCAUUGUUUCAUGAGUAAAAACGGGGGUCUGAAAGAAGAGGACGACCCGCUGGGGCUGGUGGUGGCGGCGUGCUUCUCGGUGCAGGACAAGCAGUGCCCAGCGGAGGACGCGGCGAGCAUUGGGUGCGGACCUGCGGAUACUGAGGUGCAGGAAGAGCAGCGCGACCAAGAUGAAGAAGUGGCGUCUCCUCCCGGCGGUGCUUCUAAGUCGGGUGGUUCGGCCGUCCCUCGUGCCGUCCGGUAUAGAACCCGCGACGCUCAGCCGGUGCAGGACAAACAGGACGACCAGAAGGCCUCGCGGGUGCUGCGGAAGAAGCAGCUCGGCAGGAAGAGCACCGGCAGCAGGACCGGAACGACCGGAAGUAAAACCAAGGUCAUUGGCGCUCUGCAGACGAACUCGCGCGGGAGCACCGGUGGGGCCUUUAAAUGCGAUGUCUGUGCGAAUAGUUUUGCACGAGCGUAUAAUCUUAAGCUGCAUAAAAUGUAUCACACUGGGGAAAAGCCACAUGGCUGUGACCUCUGUCCGAUCCGUUUUACUCAGAAGGGUGAUCUUAUCAAGCACGUGAGGAUACAUACUGGCGAAAAGCCGUACAAGUGUGACGUAUGUAAAAUGCGUUUCACUGAUAACAGCAAUCUUGUCAAGCACAUGAGGACACACACUGGUGAAAAGCCUUACAAGUGCGACGUAUGUAAAAUGCGUUUUUCUCAGAAGUCGAGUCUUGUCGCUCACAUGAAAACACACACCGGUGAAAAGCCUUACAAGUGCGAUGUAUGUAAAAUACGUUUUACUGAGAAAAGCACUCUUGUCAAGCACGUGAGGACACACACUGGUGAAAAGCCUUACAAGUGCGACGUAUGUAAAUUGCGUUUUUCUCAGAAGUGUAGUCUUGUCCGUCAUAUAAGAACGCACACUAGGGGAAAAGCCAUACACGUGUGACAUGUGUAAGAAUGCCUUUAGGUUUCUAUCAACAUUCAAUAAACACAAAACAAUUUGUAGCUAACUUCAUUUCUUUUUGAUAUCUUGAACCUUCUAAUCCAGUUAAAUCCGUUUUUUAAUAACGAUUGUUCUCAAUUUAUAUUUGUUUGUUCAUAUUAUUAAGAAUAAAAACGGAGGCUUACAGAAUUCAUCAUUUCGACGACACGUCAAUUUUGUUACUUGCUCGUGCAGGCCGGUUAUGUAGCGGUCCUUGCAAGUCGAAUACUUAAUUUUUGUUACCAGAUCUGGCAGAUUUUUUUUAGCAAUUAUUGU